AUGCAAGUAUCCAACGCCAAAAUUCCCCAUGGGGUUCUGGAGGACAAAGUCAGGAAGCGUCGUCUGUUCAGGCGACGUCUUGGUAUCAGGGAGUUCCUCAACAUGCCCUGUUUGCUUCCUGCUACUGUGGUCAUUGCUCUAGGACUCCUGGCAGUUGCUACUGGUGCCGGCAUGUCUGUGGUAGGCUACGUUCCGGGUCAUCGGAAUUCAACAAAUGUCCUGAAAGCAAACAGUACAGCAUGUGCCUAUAUUGGUCCUGUUCUUAUGGCUAUUGGAAUAUUUGCAAUGAUUACGGCAUGUGUUUUUUAUUGUGAAGUUUUAGAUAAGUACGCAAUUCUUGUACCAGACAAGAAGAAAGCAGUGUUUACUAAGGAAGAGCUGUACGAAUUUAUUAUAGGGGAAAUGAAAAAGAGCUACGCCCAAACGUUAAUCACCGCAUACUCAAAAGCAGCUGAGCAUAGUCGUUUGCUAGACAUCCAGAGCUACGACCGUAACUACACACCUGAGUAUAUUCCUUACAACGUCAGCGAGCCGCUUACGUUAGAACAACAGAUUGAUAUCGAGUGCGAGGGCUACACUCCUUCGCCUCCUAUUCCCAAUAAGCGCUAUAGUAUUAUCCAAGCCAGAAUCCAACGAUUAAAAAGUGAGGAUAAUUGGCUGAAGACGUCGUCCUUGCCAAAUAUACGUCGUUCAUUGAGUAUCAAGCGUGCGAGUCGUGUUGGGGUUAAGAUGACAGACUCUAAAACGCUUAGUUGUGAUUACACAAUGGACGAAGCCAGGCUGAGGAGGAAGUCAAUGAUGUUGAGGACAAUUGUUCAGUGGAAUUCUGGAUCAUCGGACAUGUUUGUCCAGAAACAACGACGGUUUUCGUCAGUUAAGGCCCUGCCGUCGUAUCAAAGGGAUAGCCUUGAAGACGACUCACAGAAAGAAUGUGGUUCGUUUCCGUUAACGAGGCUGAUUGAGAGGCGUGGUACAUUUGCCUGCGGUGAUAUGCGAACAAGAAGAAUGAAAUUUCUGUUGUUGCUGGAGGCUUCGGAAAGCCAAGAAGGUUUCAAUGACUCGGUGUCUGCAGAUGGGCGCCACACUGUAGCUGCCAUUAGACGAAACUCGUUUAUACCGUACAGGACCUGUGACAAGUUUAUAGCCGGGGAAGAAAGAAAAACCAUACGAGAUAGAAGACGAUCGUCAGUCAAUCCUUUUUCUACUCGUCAUCAUGUUAAUUCUGUUGCUCCUCAACCGACCACAAGAAGACACUCGUUUUACCCAAUUCGCAGGGAUACACAAAUUUACAUCGAUCCUCACGAACAUAGAAGACACUCUUUUAACCCUAUGGGUCUCAGCAAUGCAAGGAAGCCUGAUUUUGCUGGCAAGAUGGAUGGUCGAAGAGGCUCCUUUAAUCCCACUAGCAUGCUAGAAGAGAUACGACCAGCUCACAUUCCACAGCAAGCUUCGGGUUUUCUUCAGCGACCAUCUGUGGCUAUAAAUGAUUUACCAGACAGGCCUCAUCAUUCAGCUUCAGACAGUGCAGUCAGUUAUCUUAAAGCUGAAGGUUAUCAAUUCCCAUAUCAAGGCUUCCAAGACGACAGAAGAAUUGAUAGAAGACACUCCUUCAACCCUGUAGCUCGGGUAGAUAGAUUACGGGAAGGAAAUCAGCUGAGAGUACCCCAGAUUACAAUUAAUGAGAAUUCCCCCGAAAGACGUUUAUUAUCUCCUUCUUAUGAGAUUUGUGUAGACGAAAGGGAGAGACGCCAUUCGUUUACUCCACCUAGAUCUGGGCAUUCGCAUACUACCUCAUCGAGAUCCCACGAAAAGUCAACACCACCGCGUAUUUCUUUCAACUUAGAACCAUCUGCUCCGUCUGUCCAUUUAUUGCCGCAGUCAACUCAGACCAUUUCAAAACCAACACUGAAACCCUCAAAACCUUCUCCUGACCCCGUGCGUCCCUCCAGCUUCCAGCAAGAAAUGGUCGUCUUCAGACCACUGAAGCAGCAUGAUUCCAGAAGCGACAGUCCUUCUAGCAACAUAUCAUGUCGUGGAAGCGAACACGCAGGCAGUGAACGUUCCAUGGGUUUAUCAAGAACCGCAUCAGCGAUUUCAGAUAAGCCAGGCCACACUGCAUUCAUUCUUUCACCUCCAUCCCCGGAGGUUGCGAACAUUGCUGAACCACCAGGAUACUUUCAGCAGUCUCCCAGCUAUUCAAAAAACAUUGAUAGCCCAAGAACUGCAGAUCCUAGAUCCAUGAUGUCACACGCGCAACAGUUAUCUCCCCGUAACUUGACAGUUGACAUAUCGAAUUCCGGUUCCGGGUCUGAUAGAAAGCCGGAGCGAAAAGCGGCUUCAUUCUGCUACAGUGGAGGCCUAGGAAAAACAUACUACCAGCAUUUAGACACACCCGGCAGUACAAACUCCGGCCCAGCUGCUUUUUCAUUCUCGACCAGCCAGAGCACCAUUGCUACAAUCCACAGGAGCAAAUCAGCCUCAGCACUGCCCGGUGCCGAGUUCACGAGACCGUCAUCUCCGCAUUCAGCCUUCAGCUAUGCAAGAGUACCGAAGCCUGCUUCUCCUCUUGUAACCAGGCAUAAAACAAGAACACGACAACAUAUGGACAAACGGUCAUCUUGA